CCCUCUCUCUUUCUCGGCUGUCCUUGACGGUGCUCUGUGGCAGAGCAGAGCUCUGUAGUGCUGGGUUGUGCAGGAGGAAGCAGGCAGCCAGCCUUUGCCCAGUGGAUACAUUCUGUUCUGUCUCUUCCAACGCUGCUGCCGUUACCCGGGAUACGCAUUCUGCCUGCCGUGCUGCCAGUGGAGACAAGGGCCUUAUGCCAGUCUGCCAUGUCGACUGAGUGCCAACCUAAGGGGAACACGUUUUAAAGUGCCCAUUGCGCCAUGUCUGCCACACAGCUGGAGGAGACAGAAAAUGUUUUUGACCUGAACGAGGCCAUCCCAGAGACAGAGUUGCUGGACAACAGCAUACAGAAGGGGCGUGCCCAGCUGUCCGUCAAAGCCAGGAGGCACCGCCCCUCUCGCUCUCGCUUCCGAGACAGUGUCAGCUCCACAGAGGGAGAUGACAGUCUGGAGAGGAAGUGUCUGGACUCCGUCCGUUCCCCCCUCCACUCCACCCUGCGAGGAGGCUCCUCCCCUUCUCCUGAUUCGCUCCUGUCCUCGUCCUCCCCUUGUCCCACCUUACGGAGCCCCGUGUUCUCCUUCGACACCUCCUCCUUACGGCGCUCCCCGGAGGAGGGCGGGACCGGGUCGCCAGCCCCUCGGGGGCGGUACCGCCAGCUGACAAAUGCCACGUCUCAGGAGGCCCUGGUGACCACGCCCAACAGCUCUCCCUCCAAGUCGUGUCCCAGUUCGGACUGCUCGCCUGUUUACAUUCGACGGGCACGACGCCCAGACAGUGAGGUGUUAGUUUCAGAAGACAGUCGAGACACCAGCCCGGCUGACCCCGGCAACAACAGCCUUAUCUUUGACAAGAAGACCAAGAGGAGAUUCUUGGACCUGGGGGUCACGUUGAGACGCUCCUAUGUGAGGGUCAGAAAAGACAAGUCAAACAGACUGUCAAUGGGAAGCCGGGAGCCAUCUGAGAGCCCGUCCAGGUCCUCUGGCUCUUUCGUGCCUUUCUCCUGGUUCACUGACAGCACCAGGGGCUCCGUGUCGUCCGGGGCAACUCCGCCCUGCUCCCCCAAACUGGUCUCACAGGACUGCAGCCCCCGCAAGUCCAACUCCCAGGAGUCUGCCCUGAGUGAUGAGUUCUCACCGCCCCCCUGUAGUCCCCCUCACGCCUCCAGUGGGACCACAGCCGACUCGUCCUCCCGCUCCUCACAACGCUACCAGACCCUCUCCCAGUCCUCAGACGAGCCUAUAGACGAGCCGCUGUGCCUAGUAUCGUCGUGGAGCACCCAGCAGGUGUGCCAGUGGCUGAAGGGGUUGAACAUGGAGCAGUACAUCCCAGAGUUCACUGCCAGGGACAUCGACGGGGAGCAGCUCCUCCUGAUGGAUGGCACCAAGCUCAAGGGUUUGGGAGUGAACAGUUCCACGGACCGCAGUGCGCUGAAAAAGCGGAUCAAAGACAUUCACGCAGCAGCGGAAAAGGAGCGCAAGGCCCUGGACAAACUGGAACGCCAGAAAGAGAAGCAGCGCAAAAAGGAACAGGAGCUACGCAAGCUAAACACAAGCUAAACAUAACCACCAGAUGGCGCUAAAUCACCACAGAAAUACUCCUGACUAGAAACUGGUGUUGGUGCACAUCUCCAACUCCCACAUUAUCAUGAUAGCAUUGAUGCUAAGUGGAGUUUUGUGCAAAAAGUUGGAAUUUGCUCAUGGACUUUCGUACUGUACCUCUGGUUUGGAUGUGAGUCUUUGAACCCUGCGAUGGGCGGGACAGUGUGUUGUCUAUCACUGACAAAUUAAUAAUAACAGAAUGAAAGCUCCAUGCUCUUCUUGUCAAAUGGAUUUAUU